CUGUUUUAUAAUUAAUGAUCAGCUCAAGUUCAUCCAGAUCUAAGGACGAUGUAUAACGGAGUUGCUGAAAAUGUGCUCGGUACUAUGGGUACCAUAUUUUGGUGUAUUCAAUUGAUACCCCAGAUUGUUCAUAAUUAUAAACGCAAAGACUGUGAAGGACUCCCACCUUCGAUGAUGUUUUUAUGGGCAUUGAGUGGGAUUCCAUUUUCGAUAUACUUUGUUGGUACCGAUGGAUCCAUACCCUUGAGAAUACAACCACAACUAUUUACCUUAUUCUGUACGAUUUCCUGGAGUCAAACGUUGUAUUAUCCACCAGUCAGGCUUCCCAAAUGGAGAUUGGUUGCAUACGUGGGGUCCUUCUUGGUGGUGGCCUUGGGCUUGGAGUUUGGGUUUAUCUUUUGGCUCCGUCCGGUAUAUCGUCACGGGACACAUUGGCCAAUGUUGGUAGUUGGGAUUGUUGCGUCGGUGUUAUUGGCCAUUGGGUUAUUACCCCCGUAUUUUGAAAUAUGGAAAAGAAGAGGCCGUGUCUAUGGAAUCAACUUUUUCUUUUUAUCAAUGGACUCUGCUGGGGCCUUACUUUCAAUGAUUAGUAUCAUUGUUGGAACUAUGGAUAUCAUGAGUAUGGUCUUGUAUGCAAUUGUUCUAUUUCUAGAAAUGGGCAUCUUCCUUUGUCAAAUAGUUUGGUAUCUUGCUGGAGGAAGACAAGUUAUCAAGAAGGAGAAGGCUGAAAGGAAAGAAGCUAAAAACUUCAAGGAAUUGGAUCUGGUUAAGGUAGACAGUGACGAAAAUACUACUUACGACCAAGCAGAAAAGGAGGAAACAAGUCCAAACCAUGUUUGAUUCUUGCUCAUCUGCAUGCUUGAGUAAGUGAUUCGACUGCUACUUUAAACAUUUCAAAUCCUUCAAUUCGCUUCAUGUUACUUUUUUGCUUUUUCAACCACGGCAUAUUUCCGGUUAUUUUCACAAUUUUUUUGUUUUUUAAUAGAAGAACUGGUUUCUUCAUUGGCUUAUACUGUUUUAUAUAUUUCUAC